CCGCAACAGCCACCCACUGCGAGAAAGAGCUCGGAAGCUCUCCCAGGGCAUACUCAUCAUCAGGUUUGAAAUGCCCUAUAACAUCUGGUGUGAUGGCUGUCAGAACCACAUUGGCAUGGGAGUUCGUUACAAUGCAGAAAAGAAGAAAGUCGGCAAUUACUACACAACACCUAUCUACAGAUUCCGAAUGAAGUGUCACCUUUGCCCCAACCACAUUGAGAUGCAGACAGACCCUGCCAACUGUGACUAUGUCAUUGUGAGCGGUGCACGGCGGAAGGAAGAGCGCUGGGAUAUGGAAGCCAAUGAGCAAAUAAUGACCACAGCUCAUGAAGAGAAGCAGAAGCUGGAAACAGAUGCCAUGUAUCGGCUGGAGCAUGGCUCAAAUGAUCAGAGCAAACUUCAGCGAGUUCUCCCUACCUUGCAAAAUAUCCAAGAGGCCCAGAGUGCCUGGAAGGAUGACUUUGCCCUUAACAGCCUUCUUCGUCGCAAAUUCAGGGAGGAAAAGAAAGUCCUGCAAGAGGAAGAGAAGAAAGAUCUUGCCUUGCAGACAAAAGCAUGCCUGAGCAUCCCGCUCGUACGAGAGUCUGAUGAAGACCAGCAUCUGGCAGCCCUACUCAAAUAUCAGAGUCUUGGUUCCUAUGAAGACAAACAGAAGCAAAAACGCAGUGAAAUCAUUGACCGCCCAUGGUUCUCACCCACCCAGGCCGCAAACCCCAAAGCCAACGACAGUCUUAAAAAGCUGGCCUUCACUGGGAAAUCCUCCGCUAGCAGGUCGCCGGCAGCUAUGAGCCACCUGGGGGUUGUGCGUCGGAAAUCCAAGGACAAGGAAAGGGCACCUGCUGAGGAGGAGAGUGAACGGCCAAGUCCCCCAGGCGAAGCUGACAGACAGCAUCAGGAGAGGGCUUUAAAUGGAGCAUCGUGUGACUCUCCGUUGGUGACUGAGGUGGACUCUCAGAAGGCGGAAGGAAGCCCCCCAUCCAGUUUGGCUGCCUCUCUGGUUGCAGAUUAUUCAGACUCUGCUUCUGAUCCUGAAGCCGAACUAUGAGCAAGAUUUUGUGCCUCUGGGUAGGGGCAUGGUUGGAGUGACUGUGCAAACAAAGAAGAGACUGGCCUGUACUCAGUUAAUGCUCCAACCUCUCUGUAUGAGAGAGGGAGAAGGGUUGGAGGAGGGGAAAGGGAAGGAAUGAACGUGAAUGUGUGUUUCACUUGGGAGUUUUGCUAUCUUCUCUUGGACUAUAUGUUGCUCUGUUGCCAAGUAUUUAAAUACAACUUCUUCCUUGUUUUGUCCACUGAAUAAACAUACUGUAUCCCAGA